UUUUUUUUUUCUCAUUUUAAAAUUAAUAAACAAAUAAAGUACAUACAUACAAACGUAAUGUUUAAUUUAUAUUUUUAUUAAUACAUAUAGUGGAAUUAUAAAUAUGAAAAAGAGGACAAAUAAAAUAAAAAUGAAUAUUGGACUGAAACUAUCUACCAAAGUUUUAACAAAUGAAAAUGAAAACAUGGUGUCCUCAGUGAUAGCAGAAACCUUUAUAUCUCCGUUUGUAACACAAAUAAUAAAAUUAAAAUGAAGACAGGAAGUUCUUUACAAAUUACUUUUUCACAAUAAAUGUUUUAAAAUGACAACGAAUGUUCCCAAAGGUAAAAAGAUUAAUUUCUUGAUUUUCACUUUCUACUAACACAUUAAAAAUAUGUAGUUGAACAUACAUGGAUGAGUGAUUGCAUUAGUGUGAUGCAAACGGAUAUCAGAACUACUUCUUAGAUAGAUUUUGGUUAAAAUUCAAUUCAGUAAUUCACUCAUCAGUGCAUGUAAAUUAUUGUCAUAUAAGUGUACACAAACUCUGGUAACUCUUUUCAAAUGAUAACAGUGUUAUAUGUAUAACACAAUUGUUUCCUUUUAAAAAAGGGAUCUUCCCGUAAAUUAUUUGAUAAAAGAUAUUUUCGAUUUAAAAAAUAUUUCAUUCAAAAGUGAACUGCCAAAGAUAUAGUUAUUUAGACGGGAAAGUGAAAUAAUAAAGGAGAGGAGUUAUCGUUAUUGAAAAGAAAAUUUAAUAUUUACAAGCAUGCGUUUAGGAAAAAUUGACCCCAAUUCAUAUUCUGAACCCGAAAAAGUUGUUCUUAAACAUGUUGAAAUUCAAUGGGUCGUUGACUUUGAAAAACGUUGUCUGAUUGGGGAUGUUCUAUAUGAGUUUAAAGUGCACGCACCGAAUGUUACAUCAAUCUUGCUCGAUGUAAAAGAUAUUACUAUAGUUUCUGUACAUCAUUGUCAAUUUGAGUCGAAAACCGAUGCUGAAUUUUGUGUUGGAGACUGUGUAGAGGGCAUAGGCUCCAAAUUAGAAAUUAAACUGCCACAAAAAAGUAAAGGAGUGUAAGUCGUAUUUUUUUUUCAUUGCUUUUAUAUUGUAUUAAUAAUUAUUAAUUAGUGAUCAUAAUUAAUUUUUUUAGAUUAAAUUUAAGAAUUGUCUAUCGAACUUCGCCAAAU